GGGGCUUAAGUGGGCUAAUUUCGUUUUGUCAUCGGUAUACCUGUUGUUGUAUUGAUUUUGCAGCGCCCAGAACUUAAAAUUCGUGCCUGUGCGUGCCUGUUGCUAGAGCUGCAACGGUACUCCAAGUAGAUUCGCUGGCAAGCCCACUCCGCCCCACCUGCACCACCAUAGGUCUCGCCGAGACGGCUGUCCUAGACCUGAUGGCUGCCAAUUUGCAACAGCAGCGUUCCCUUAAUUCCCAACUACGUCGCGAGAUGGGAAUAGAACGGAUUCAGGUCUCUGAAGCGUGUACGCUGAUGAUGAAGUACAUAUUGGAGAACGAAGCGGACGACUCUCUGCUGAGCGGAUUCAACAGCCAAAACUUGAAUCCGUUCCGCGAGAAGAGCUCGUGCAGCAUCUUAUAAGUAGAAUUAUAAGUUCGAACUGUGCCACCCCACACACGUUCCUAACAACAGUAUUUAUUGAUAUAUACAAAAACUACUCAUAUAUUAUAUUGUACUCAAAUAGACCCGCCGAAUGGCGGGGAAUAUGCAUGUGUGUAUUAGUAUAACCUAUUGAUGUUUGUUGUAAGUAUGCUGACCUCAAUUAUGUCUAUAAACUGAAUAUAUACAAUGUAUAGGGCAGAUAUUUAUGAAUGUGUAAACAUUCGGGAACCGUCUUGAACAAAAAUGCCUGCAUAGUAUGUAUAGAUAUCGUGUAUUUUGCUAUCCUGUAGCUCUUUUUUGGAGAAAGACAUUCAUAUUUAUGAAUUAGCAGCCCACCCCACCCCCUCUAUAAAUGUUUCCUAUUGAGAUAUCCGUCAAAUAAAUCUAUAUAUUCGUAAAAUAAAUCAAUGUAGACAAGCAUUUACA